AUGGCUUCACAAACGGACGGAAAUCCUACUACCAUUCAACUGACAGAGACCGAGACUAGACUCCGUCAGUUGCUGUUAGAUGUGGCUGCUUACAUAGAUGAAAAUUCGGGUUCAGGACCACUAGAAUCAGCCGUCAAGGUUCCGGAGGAGCUGGUGCAAGAGAAGAUCGUGUUGCGAUUUACGGGCGGUUGGGUCCGAGACAAAUUGCUCGGUGUUGGGAGCCAUGAUAUCGAUGUAGCCAUUAACAAAAUGACCGGCGAACACUUUGGAUUGAAGAUCCUUGAAUAUCUCGAAAUUCCGGGGAAUGCCGAAAAAUAUGGCCUCGAACCGAAGGAGGAAACCAAAGAGAAAGCAAAAGGUUCGCCCAAAGAGCAAACGAAUGCCAAAGGAGGAGGGGAGAAAAAGAGCAGGAAAAUAGCUCCUGGACUUCACAAAAUCGAGGCAAAUCCAGAGAAGUCCAAGAACCUAGAGACUGCCACUACCAAUAUUAUGGGCCUGGAUAUCGAUCUUGUCAAUCUGAGAAAAGAGACGUACAAUGAGGUCAGCCGUAAUCCUGUUGUGGAAUUUGGUACACCGGAAGAAGACGCCAUGCGGCGUGAUGCCACCAUCAAUGCUAUGUUCUUCAACUUGAACACUUCACGGAUCGAGGAUUUCACGGGAGGAGGUUUCAAUGACCUCGCUGCAAAGGUCAUCCGGACACCCCUGGAGCCUUAUCAAACGUUCAAGGAUGACCCAUUACGGGUACUGCGUCUAAUCCGAUUUGCCAGCCGCCUGAACUAUGUCAUCGACCCCAAAACCGAGGAGGCAAUGAGCAACCAGGAGAUAGGAGAAGCGCUCAAGAUUAAGAUCAGCCGCGAACGGGUGGGGAUAGAGCUCGAGAAGAUGUUGAAAGGGCCCGACCCGCUCAUGGCGCUCGAGCUCAUUGACAGAUUGAAACUCUAUGCGACAAUAUUUACAGAUCCUACACGUGAGCUUGCUCCGACUCCAGACACUGAAUAUUUUCGCCGAGCAUACCUCUUUGUCAAUUCACUUCUGCGGGAGCCCGGUGCGGACAUACCGGAUAUCAUCGCCAAAUCACUAGUCCGGGAUAAAGAGGAAGAAUACUUAGCCUGGAUAUGUGCAGCAGUCAUGCCUUGGGCAGACGCCCCCACUGUUCCUCACCAAAAGCCAACACAGAAACCCUAUUAUGCUGCUCAUCUGGUGGCCCGUGAGGGGUUCAAAGCGCCUAACAAAGUCAGUGAUACCAUCACUGCUUCAUUACGGGACGGCGAGGAGAUCCGAAAGCUCAUUGACCUAUGUGCAACCCAAUUACGGCGAAGCAAUGCAGGCAAGGCUGACGUGAAUGCCACUGCUCGGGACACACUUGGAAUGGCUAUCCGUCGUUGGGGCCCUGCGUGGCGUACGCAGGUGCUUUUCUCCAUGCUCUACGAAAUUGUCCUAGAGUCCAUUUCACGAGAGAGCAUUCUCAAGUCGUACGCGUUGUUUCUCCAACAGGUCUCAGACUACUCACUACUUGAUGCGUACAACUUCAAGCCAUUGAUCACCGGUACCGAGCUCGCCAAAGCACUGAAUACCAAACCUGGCCCAUGGAUGAAGGAUGCCCUUGACGUUGUGAUGGCCUGGCAACUCCGUAAUCCUGAAGUCAAGGAUCCCACCGAGGCCAUCGAGGCCGUAAAGACCACCAGAAAUAGUGAGCUAUCCUCCCGCCUCGCAUCUCACUUCCUCACACUUACCGUCCGCCCUCUUUUCUCGCAGGCUAAGACCGCCAACCCAACCCUCACGGCGGCGGGACACAAGGCGCCAAGCAGAGAUACACGGGGGAAGUCGAAGUCCCCGGAUGAUACUAGCAAUGAGCCCUGGAAAGACGACAGGAACUAUUUUGUAAUUGAACUACUGAGAUGGUCAAUAACAUCACUAGACGGCAAAGGAUUAGAGACGAACUGGGGCCUAAUCGUACCUCCCAUCCUCAAAAUGACAGACGACAUCGAGAUAGAAUGGAAAGCCACCGGCUGCGAACUGCUCACCCGACUCCUCCAACGCACCCCCUCACCCCUCCUCUCACGCACCGGCCUUGGAUCCGUCUUCGAAGAAACGCUCCUCCCACUCUUCACCUACAUCCCAACCCUAACCCCCGAACCCUCCUCGCAAGCCCUCCUCUCCCAAGUCCACCCAGCCCUCCUCGCCCUCACCAACGUCAUGCACCCCCCUUCACCCUCCUCCCCCCAAUCCACCCCCCGCACAACCGCCCUCUCCAAAAUCCUCCGCACCGGCAUCCUCUCCCCCCUCUUCCACGCACCCCCAACCGCCCACCCCCGCCUCGCCCAAACCCUGCUAUCCCACCUCCCGCCCCUCCUCGCCGCAAUGGGAAUAUCAUCAACAACGCACCUCCAACCCCUCACAGCCCUCCUCUCCGACGUCCUCGCCGAGCCCCUUGGCCUCGCGUACCCGCCGCUCAUGGUCACGGCCGCGCGCUGCUACCUCCGGGUCAUGGAGAACGCGUGGCCGAGGGUGGGGUUGCAUCGGGGGGAGAUCAUGCGGGGGGUCGCGUUCGCGUGGAUACGGUGUGUUGAGGAUGAUGGAAAGACGGGAGAAGUGGAGGAGUUGAAGGGGGCGUUGAGGGAGGUGGUGGAGAUGUUGGAGGCGGUGGUUAGGGUUGAGGAGGGGGGGUUGUGGGAUGUUUGGGUGGAGGAGAAGAAGGGGUUGGUGGAGGCGGAUGAGAGGCUUCGGGGUCUUUUUGGGAUUGAAUAG